AUGGGGGUCGCUGCUCUCGUGCCAGGGCUAGAGGUAUGGAUGGAGGUCAUCGUAGCCAUUGUCUGCGCACUGUUCGCAAUGCUGGCAUCUGCAGGAGGUAUUGGCGGCGGUGUAAUUUUUGUCUCUAUGCUGCAGCUUUUUGGGGUAAGUCCCCACGUUGCAGCACCACUCAGCAAAGCGAUGAUCUUUGGUGGGUCGUGUGUUCUCACGUGCAUGAACAUAUUUCAGCACGAGGACAAUGAGCCCACAAAACCGUCCAUUAUUUGGGACCUCGUCUUCAUCAUCGAACCAGCAGCCGUUUCUGGGGCCCUUAUAGGAGCGUUGAUUAAUGUGGUAUUACCAGAGUGGCUUUUGCUUGUUCUAGAAGUAGCAUUUCUUCUAUACACGACACAGAAAAUGCUGAGGAGCAGUCUAGCUACUUUAAAUAAGGAGAGAAUAGCUGCUGGCAAGAGGCUCCUUUGUACAAGAAAGAGCAGGGCACCAGCACUAUCCAUUGACGAAAGAGGCUCCCCACAUCAACCUUCUACAUUCAUUGAAGACCAAUCCACAAGAAGUGGCAAUACUACAUCUAACGAGAUACAGGCUUACUCUACAGAGUGCUCUACAGAGAUAGCACCAUUACUGGAUCGUCAAGAACUGACUGUGAAAGCAGAGCCUCAGGUUCAGGCUACGACUAAGAAAGGAAGAGGACGCCUGGGAAGUUGUGGAGUUGCCCAUUUUAAAUCCAUAUCAGCUGUCCGUAUGAUUAUGUUCAUCUUAUCUACAGUCCUCAUAAUGACCUGUCAAGUAAUUUCACAAGAGUUUGAACGAUGUUCCACAGGAUACUGGAUUGCGUUCGGAGUUUGUUUCAGUAUUUCCAUCAUAACCAUCAUCAUCAUUAUACUCUCAAUAAAACGCUCUCUUAGGAUCUAUAAUCAGUUCAUGUCUGCGUCUGAGCAUGUCCACCACUUCCUGAACGAAUCUAGUGAUACCAUUUUCAAUAGAACUGAUCAAGCAGAGGAAGAAAGAGAUCUCCAGCUUUCAUCUAUUGACCAAAGAGUCACUCCCGAAGAUAAAGAGGCUCUUCACCUAGAAGCUAUACGAUGCUCCAAGCUUCUCAUAGGCACAGACUCCUUGGGUGCCUUCCACAGUAUCCUAUUUUAUGUGAAGCUUGUACUGGCCGGUCUAUUUGCUGGCAUUCUGGGUGCAAUGUUGGGUAUUGGUGGGGGCCUCUUGAAGAACCCUAUUCUCAUCUCCUUUGGAAUAGACCCUGAGCGUGCUCGCACAGCAUCUACCGUUAUGAUAGCCUUCACAUCUAUGUCGUCCAUGAUUUCAUAUGUUGUUAUCGGUGGGCUGCACUUUGAAUAUGCCUGGCCUCUGAUGUUAACUGUAGGGGCCUUUUUCGUGAGUGGAUACUAUUUAAGCGAGCUUAUAAUUCGGUGCUUUAAGACUAAGUCGUUUAUUCCAUUUCUGAUUACUGCCUUGAUAGUAGUUUGUACAUGUUUCAUAGUGGCCAACAUGAUAAUAGUGUUUAUUGACAUCGCUAAGACAGGGCAUUUGCCCGGUUUUACCAGUCUUUGCUAG